GCAAUGAAUCAAAAUUCCACUCAAACUUGAUAAUUUUAGUGGCAAUUACUACUAUAAUGAAUUUCUUGUUUUUACUUUUCUCAGAGUCUUAACAGUGACAGUCGAUCAAUUUUUUUUAACUGCAGUUAAAAAACAUUCUCUUCUCCCUCAAAUUGAAACCAAAUAACGCCUCCAUCAAAGCGUUCCAAAUCUUUCUUCCUCUUUCCCUGCGCUACUCGAUUCUUGAAUGGUGAGAUGGCCAACACCAGAAGAUUACUCCCCAUUGUGAUUUUGUGGAUUGUCAUUCUGUUUGGCACCCUUGCUCUGAUUCUGAAUCGGUUAAGCGAUCCAGGAGCUUCAUCGGAGCAUAAUUCUGCUGUAGAUGAAAAGCUUGUCAACGAGGUGGGAUUAUCGGAGGAUGCAGAUCAAGUGACGCAUAAAGUUUACUUUGACAUUGAAAUUAAUGGGAAGCACAUAGGUCGCGUUGUGAUGGGGCUCUAUGGAAAAACUGUGCCAAGAACAGCAGAAAAUUUUCGAGCUCUUUGCACGGGGGAGAAAGGAACCGGAACAAGUGGGAAGGCGCUUCAUUUCAAAGGCAGCAAAUUCCACAGGAUCAUACCUAGUUUCAUGAUCCAGGGAGGUGAUUUCACAAGAGGCGAUGGGUGGGGAGGGGAAUCUAUUUAUGGUGAUAAAUUUCCUGAUGAGAACUUCAAGUUAAAACACGCAGGCCCUGGAGUUCUAUCAAUGGCAAAUUCAGGAGUGGAUACGAACGGGUCUCAAUUUUUCAUCACAACAGUUAAAACAAGCUGGUUGGACGGGCGCCACGUUGUGUUCGGACAAGUGGUUUCGGGUAUGGAUGUGGUGAAGAAGAUUGAAGCACUAGGAACAGAGAGUGGAAUGCCCAAAGCAACAGUUGUUGUUUCAGACAGUGGUGAAUUGUCUGUGUAAUCCUCUUUGCUAUUUGCCAGUUUUUAGCUGGCAAAAAUAUGUACACACACACACACCUCCUCACAACAGACAUCGGUUACACGCUGUAUCAAAAUGUCCAAAUUUGCUGGUUUUAUAAUGUAAGAAAACGAUCCAAUACUUAAA